UGAGCUGCGACCCGAAAAUGGCUUCCGCAAUCACUAUAUUAUCCAUCAUCCAGGCCCUUGAACCCGGAGGACACUCGGGUCUUCCAAUGGCAUAAUAAUGUGGGAGUUCUUCUCGGACAAGUCAAUUUUCAUUACAGGAGGCACGGGCUUCCUGGGCACCGUAUUGGUCUUGCGACUGGCCUUGCAGGCCCACCCGAAACGUGUAUGCCUUCUUUGUCGGGGAGGCAAGAAUCGGGCAAUACAAAAAUGGCGCGAAAUUCUUCCAGAGCCGCUCGCAAACAUGCUGCUCUCUGCCGGGUUCAUCACGUAUCUGGACGGCAAUAUCAAGCAUCCGAGCCUAGGCCUAACAGACACCUCGCUUAUAGCCCUUGAAAAAGAGACAGAGAUCAUCAUUCACGCCGCCUCACCCAUCAACCUCGUGGACCCGCUGGGCAAACUAUCCCAAAGUAUCAUCGGCGCUACAGAACGGCUCGCCCACAUAGCGUUAGAGUGUCCCCACUUACAACGCUUCGUCUACAUUUCCACGGCCUUCGCGAACAGUCAUCUGUACGCGGAAUCGCGGGCCGUAGACAUCCCGGUCCGAGAAGACCUAUACCCGCUUUCUUCAGUCUCCACAGCCACAUCAUGGAAGGACGUCCAAAUGCGUGGCUCCUCGGAGGAAUACGAGGCGAAGAAUUUCCCCUGGGCUUAUGCCUAUGCCAAGCAUCUCUCGGAACGGGUUCUCGGCGAGGUCUUCGAUAAUGCGCAGACAUCAGAUAAACUGCUCAUCAUCCGGCCAUCCAUUUUCGGUCCCGCUCAGAGUUUUCCCUACCCCGGGUAUAGUGUUCCGUCAUCCACGCCAUUGACGGCCCUGGCAGCCAUGGUAGCGAUCACACGUACACUCCGGUUCAAGGCUGCGACGCGGUCCCGUAACCCCGACAUAGAAGCUACAGCGGACGAGGUCCCCGUGGAUGUAGUUGUGGAUCGGCUGCUGUUCCACCUCAGACAUGGAAGCGCCGGCUACGUGCACGCGGUCAGCGGUGAACGAGGCAGAUACACCAUAGGAGAGCUCUGGGAGGAGGGGAUGGCAAUGCGUAAGCUUCCAUGGAGACUUAAGCUCACCUGGUUAGACGUAGACUGGCAUUCGCCUCGAUUGCACUAUAUAGCUCGAUUCUAUGUGCUCUUUGGGUCGUCGUACAAAUUUUCCGAGGACAGGACCAUCGAGCUCUGGGAUCGAGUUCCCGAGUCUGAGAGGCAGGGUCUAAAUGUGUUCAGGGAUUACAGCAAGGGUUUUGAGUUAAGCGCCAGGAAGGACGAGAUGCGGCACUGCUUGCGGGCGCUUGCCAGUCACUUUGGAUUCCCGAGUUGGGUUGCAAAACUUUGAGCAUUGAAUAGAGUAUUAGGUACGUGUAACUGGAAAAAAGCAAACGG